UCCCUUCGAAACAGGCGGCGGCGAUUCGCCGCGAACCCCGAGGCCGAGGCGGCUGUGGCGGUUGUUUAAGGGCGUGCCGACACCGCACAGAUUGAGCCGAGAUGUCGCUGCGCAGGGAGAAGUGACCCUCCUUGGGCAGGGCGGAAAAGCGAUUUCAUUUCAAUAUUGAUGACCAUGCAGCCUGCAAUUCAAAUGUGGUUUGGAGAAGACCUGCCUCUAAGUCCACGGAGUCCUCUGAUCCCCAGACAUGGGCCAGGUUUGGCCGAUGUUUGUCAGUAUGACGAGUGGAUAGCUGUGAGGCAUGAAGCCACCCUGUUGCCCAUGCAGGAAGAUUUGUCAAUCUGGUUAUCCGGUUUAUUAGGUAUUGAAAUUAAGGCAGAAAGGUUAUUGGAAGAACUCGAUAAUGGAGUACUGUUAUGCCAGCUGAUUGAUGUUCUUCAAAACAUGGUGAAGACAUGCAACUCCGAAGAGCCAAGGAAUUUUUCAAUGAGAAAGGUGCCCUGUAAGAAAGAUGCUGCCUCGGGUUCAUUCUUUGCUAGAGACAAUACUGCAAACUUCCUUCACUGGUGUAGGCACAUUGGGGUUGAUGAAACUUACCUCUUUGAAUCUGAAGGUUUAGUUUUGCACAAAGAUCCAAGACAGGUAUAUCUUUGUCUUCUUGAAAUUGGUCGAAUCGUAUCAAGAUAUGGAGUUGAGCCACCAGUGUUAGUAAAACUUGAGAAAGAAAUUGAAUUAGAAGAGACCUUACUUAAUACUUCUGGGGCUGAAGAUUCCAUCAGCAUUCCAAAAUCAUGCUGUCAACAUGAAAAGCUGCAUGAAGCUGUGACACACAUUGCUGAAGACCCUCCUUGUAGUUGCUCUCAUCGAUUUUCUAUUGAAUACUUAUCUGAAGGACGGUACCGACUAGGGGAUAAAAUACUCUUUAUAAGAAUGCUUCAUGGAAAACAUGUCAUGGUUCGUGUUGGUGGAGGCUGGGAUACUCUUCAAGGAUUUUUGCUUAAAUAUGACCCCUGUCGAAUAUUACAGUUUGCCACACUAGAACAAAAAAUUCUAGCAUUUCAAAAAGGAGUUUCUAAUGAAAGUGCACCUGACUCGCCUGCCAGAACACCUCAGCCUCCUGAGAUGAAUCCGUUGUCAGCAGUUAGCAUGUUUCAGAAACAAAAAUCAAAACCCGGUACUCCAGUUGGUGUUCCAAGGGGUAAAGAAAAGCAGGUACACCCCCCAGGCGUGUUGCUGCCAGCAUCUUCCCUGAAAGCAGGUAACCUGGGCUCCGUGUCAGUUCGUUCUAAAAUGCCAAAUUCUCCAGCAGCGUCUUCUCAUCUCAAACUCAAAUCUUCAAAAGGUGUAACAAAGAAACCACAAGCUCCUUCAAACAACGCAUCAUCUUCACUUGUUACUUUAAAUCCGGUCGGUAAAAGCACUUCUUCACCAGCUUUAUCAAGAACUGCACCUGGUGUAUCUGAGUCAUUGAGAAAGGGAAUUUCAUCACCUAAUACUGCUAAGGCCAAGUUUAUUCCAGCCCAGAAGUCAAGAGAUGUGCCCAAGUCUCCUCUUCUGCCAAAUAAGUGUUCUGGGAAAACUGAAUCAAAGCAUUUGAAACACAGUCAUAUAUUUUCCAGAGUUAAUGCAGUAUCUCCUUCAGCUGCACGUUUAAAUUCAUCAUCAAAGUGUCCAAAACUGCCUAAAGCUUCUCCUACUGUCCAGUCCUCAGCAAAAAUGACAAAAUCCAGUUCCAAAACCGUAACCAUAGGUCUAGGAACACAGUCUCAGCCUUCUGAUGGAGCCCUGCGACCAGGGGCUGUGGCAGCACAGAAACUUAAGUCAGCCUUGAAUUUAAACCCACCGCUUUCUGUAUCCUCAGUUGCUCUUGCAAAAGAUGCACAGGAAUUGAAAGAUAAGAAUCUAGUUUCAGUUGCCAAAAAGCAGCCUCAGAAUAAAAGUACAUCCCAGAAGACAGGACCCAGCUCCCCAAAGUCCCCUGGCCGUACCCCACUGUCCAUCAUGAGUCUACCCCAGUCUUCUGCUAAAAUACAGACUAUACCAAAGUCAGCACAGACUGCCACUAAAAGCCAGCGUUUGGCUGUAGGGCCUCCAAAAAGUAGCAAAGCCCCAACUUCAACCAGGAAACCACCCUCAUCUGGUAAGGAAGCAGGUAGCGGAGAUAAAAAACCUACUGCAAAUAAAAAAGAAGACGAUGACCAUUAUUUUGUCAUGACUGGAAGUAAGAAACCUAGAAAAUAAAUACAAAUGUGUCAUUUUAGAAAACAGGAAAGGAAGAGAGUGAAUGCGUUAGUUUCACAUGGUAAAAGGUUCUCCUAUUUGUGUUUGUCUGAAUAGGUUCAGACAAUAAAACAAUAAUGUGGGCGUUAGAGGUCGAGGUGAGGGUAGAGGUUGGGGUGAGGAGAGGGGGCCUUAGAAUUUAUGUAUCUGAAUUUACCAGAAAGUACCCUUUUGAGGUGAGCAGUUGUUAAAUCACAUUUACCUGAUUUUCACUCCAUAGAAUCUUUAUUAAUGUCUGCCCUUUAAGGGAAAUACAAAGUCAAAUAACACUACUAGAGCUAUAGCUACAGUUGCUACAUUUGGAAUGUGUAUUAAGUAUAGGUUCACAUUUAUGUAGAGAGGUUACAUACCUGCUAAUAGCAGCAGUGGUGCUCUUAAUAUUAGUAUUGCAUUUUAGUAAAACAGUAAUGGUUUGGCACUUGUCUUACAAAAGGCACCUAAUUUAAUUUUCUUAGCAGGAUUGCCCAGUCAAACAAUACCAAAUACCAGUGGCUGCUGCUAAUUAGCUUGGCGUUAUUCUGGGUUUGGUAAAAUUCUUAUUACGUUUUUUUUAAGCUUUCCAAAUCAGAGAGCACUGAUUUUUUAACUGGAUUAUAUUAAUAUUGGUAAUAUUUUGUUACCAAUAUUUUUGGUAAAAACCAGAAUUUUUCAUAUAUUAUUUAUAAGAAUUUACACCUUGUAUUUUAGAUGGAUGUUGUGCAAUGUGAAAGGGGAAACUGAUUUAAUAGCUUUUAGCAUAUUAAAAAUAUUUUUUACUAAUGUAAUUACCUAUGACUGCAGAUAUGAAUUUUUACAUUAAUAUGUUGUUUUAAUAUCAGAAUUACAUUUUAACAAUCUUAAAAUUAAGGUGAUAAAGAAUCUUAGAAUAGUGCUAUAUAAAAUGCUAUCAUAUGGUUAUUUUUCUUUAGAUAGCACAAUACCAGUUUUAAUUAGAUUCUUCCAAUGACAUUAAUUUUCUUUUAUAAAUCAUGUUGCCUUCAGUUUUUCAAUGGCAAGUGAACAGUACACAUUCAGCAUUUUCUGCUCUGUAGGCAGAUUCUCUAAGGAACAUAUCCAGAUCAUGUAUCACUGCAAAGACUCCAUCAAUCUAAGAUGAUAUUUGUAAAUAAUUUGUUUUUUAAGACAUUGUGACUGUUUUUUAAAAAAUUGUUAAUGUACGUUCAGAAAUAUUAGGGGUAUGUUUAAUAAUAUUACAGUAUUAUCAGUUAUCACAGGUUAUUAUGUUCAAUAUUGAGGUUUGUAUUUCUCUAUUUUAAACUAUAAUGUGUUUUCUAUAACUAUAUUAAACAGUAAUGGUUUACACAAAUGUGCAAUUGUAGAGUAAGCAUCUUAAGCUGACUACUAAUGUUCCAUAGAUUAUAAAGUAGGAAAACUGUAUAGAACUAAGUGACCUUUUGUCUGAGGAAUGCAGUUAAAAUCAAAGAUAUAUGCAGGCUAGUUUUUGGAAUAAUGGAUGCUUCUCUUAAGAAAUGGUCACAAAAUAUUUGGUUUAGUUCUACUGUUGAGAGACGCCCAGAUAUGUACAUCUUUGGAAAGUGAAGUCAGUGUUCAAGAAAUGCUAGAAACGCUAGAAGCUUUACAUUUUCAGUGGUCAGAAGUAUUUCAUGGAUCUUUCAAAGAGGAAGAAUUUUACCUUCAGGACAGCAUUUAUUCCGUUGUAAGAUGAAACAAUACUUCUGUAUCAUUAACUUCUAGAACUUAAAAAAAAAAUAAAUGAUGUUACAGUGAACCUAUGAAUCCAAGUAGGUUUUACAAUAUGUGAACAGUCACUUUUGUGUCGAGAGUCAUCAGGAAUAAAAGUAUUUUAUUACACAGACAUCUGGCUCAAAAACCAAAAAUUGUGUUUUUUUGAUAAAUUGGUAAUUAAUAUACAAAUAGCCUUAUUCUUCAUUAGUAGGGAAUUUGUCUAAUUCAUGUUGAAUAAAUUGUUGUUUAUGUGUAGCUUACCUUUCCAAAAUAAAGAUUAAAAAAAAAAUAAA